CAUCGUCGCAUUAUCAUCCUCGUCUUCUUCGGUCAUCAGCAGCAGCAUGAGCACCUUGCCCGCGACGACGACCGAGCACAAGGAAGGCUUCUUCCACUGGAAGUGGGGCAAGAACAAACAGAAAAAGCCACGUCGACCAAGAGCCUCCCGCCCAUGUCGGCGCCGGCCGCGAUCUCACUGCCGGUCACGCCGACCGCGACGCCGACCGAGUCGACGACGAACCGCGCGACCAGCACAGGCCCGCGGUCCGCGCCCGUCCAUGGCGGUGACGUGCGCAAGUCCAUGGUGGAGACCACGUGGCGGCCGCGUGCCGUGCUGCGCGACUCGGUCCUCGCCCGCGAGCCCGACGUCGCGAUCGAGAAGGCCGUGAAGGGCAAGCUUCUCAUCAUGCACCCAUCCACGUCCCUCGACUGGUACAAGAACCGGAUCCGCGAGCUCGAAGACGACAUUCGCUCCAACACGUGCCGGGCGUGCCUUGAGAAGACCGAGGAGGCCGCGCGCCUCCAAGAACAGGUAGCGAUCGAGAAGGGCCGACUGCAAGCCGACAUUGAACGUCUCCGGAAGCGCCUCGGCGAACUCCUCGACGAGAAGAAGCUCUCGGAAACCCAGCGCUCGAACCAAAUGUCCGAGCUCCAGCAGACGAUUGCCGGCCUCGAGACGCAGGUCACAUCAGUCUCUGCCGCAGAGGCCGCUGCGGCGGCGGCCACGGCGACCGCGCUGGCACAGCUCGCCGCCGAACAGGCCGCGGUCGCGGAAAAAACCGCAGCCAUCGAUGCACUCUCGUUGCAGCUCGCAGACCUUCAGCACACGUCCGCCGCGGCGGCUGUGGCGGCGUCGGCCGAGUCGGCCGCUUCAGCGGCCACCAUCGCGUCUCUCGAAGCGCAGCGCAUCGAGUUGGCGGCAUCGCUCGCGGCCCUCGAAGCAAGCCACGCGUCGGAGAAGGCUGCUCUGGACGCGUCUGUCGCCGACUUGGCCGCGAAGCUGGCGGCAGUCGAGGCCGACCUGGCGUCGUCUUCGGCAGCGCACGCUGGCGUUGUCGCCGAGCUGGCGACCGCCACGGCCAACGCGGCUGCCAAGGACGCCGAAGUGAGCGCGCUCACGGCGAAAGCGGACGCGCUUCAAGUCGAACUGGCGGCUGCCACGGCGGCUGUCGCAACUGCUUCCGAGGCGCAUGCGAGCGCGACCGAAGCCCACACACACGCGGCGACGGCGCUCGAGGUCGAGCGCGAUGCGUUGCGCGCCCAGGUCGAGACGCUCGAGACGACGUCGGCCAGUGAGAAGGCGACCCACGCGAGUGCGCUUGCCGCGCUUGAAGCCAGCCUUGCGGCGGCGGCCGUGCUUCACGCGACGACCGAGGGCCAGCGCGCGGCAGCGGAAGCCAAGGAAGCAUCGACGGCGUCCGAGCUCGAGGCGACGACCGCCAAGCUGGCCACCGUGGAAGGCGAGGCCUUGGCCGCGGCGCAUCUCCUCGCAUCGACACGCUCGUCGCACGCCGAGGCCAUGGCCGCCAUGGAAGAGGAGCGGGAUGCGCUCGCCGCCCAGCUCGCCGACCUCGAAGCCAGCCGCGCGUCGGACGCUUCUGCCUUUGCGACCACGUCGGCGUCCUUGGAGGCCCGCAUCGCGCAGCUGGAAACGGACGCCGAAGCUGCCGCGGCCCAUCAAGCCACGACGGAAGCGCAACUGCACGCCGCGAUGACACAGGCCGACGUGGACGCGGCGGAGCUGAUGGUGCUUCGCGCCAAGGUGACGGCCCUCGAAGCGGAAGCGGCGGCGACGACGCUCGCGCUCGCUGCCGCGUCCACCGAGCACUCGGACACGACGGCGGCCAUUCUCGCGGAACGGGACGCGUUCCAGGCGCAACUCGCGGCCGUCGAAGCAGCCAACGCCGCCACAACCGCGGCGCUCGAGGCCGAAGUCGCCGCUUUGAAGGACCAGGUGGCCGCGCUCGAUGCCGCUGUGGCCGCCGCCCAAGCGACCGCCGACGCCGACUUGGCGGCGGCCACGAACGACGCGGCUGCCAAGCAAGCCGAGGUCGAGGCCCUCUCGGCGCAGCUCCAAGCGGCGACGCAGGCGAACGUCGAGGCAGCCGAGGCCUCCGCGGCUCUGACCACGGAGCGUGACGGCCUUCUGGCGACUGUCGCGUCGCUCGAAGAUUCGUCGACCGCGUCGUCGGCCGAGCUCGCGACACGCAUUGCGGCCCUUGAAGCCGAGGCGGUGGUCGCUCUCGCUGCGCGCGAGGCUGCCUCGAGCCGCGUCGCGCAGCUGGAAGCAGAGCUCGCGACGUUGCAAGCGGGCGCGGAAGAGGCGUCGGCCGCUGUCGCCGCCCGCGAGUCCUCCAACAGCGAGCUGGCGGCGCAGGUGGCGGCGCUCACACUGGACCGGGACGCGCGUGCGGCCCACGUCGCGGCGCUGGAAGCGGCACAUGCCACGGAUGCCGCGGCGCACGCGGCGGCGAUUGCCGAAUACAAGGCACAGCUCGUGGCGUUCGAGGCGCAAGUGGCCGCGGCGGCCGUGGCGUAUGCCGCGUUGGAAGCGUCGUCGUCCAACACGGACGCGUCGGUGGCUGCGCUCACGCGCUCGAUCGGACAGCUUGAAGCCGACGCCGCGCUGCAAGCGGCUCACGUUGUGGCGCUCACAUCGGCCCGUGACGACCUCCAUGCGCAAGUGUCGGCCCUCGAGGUGGCACAUGCCACCGAGAUCGAAGCACUGCAGGCGCAACUGGCGGCCGCUGAAGCCAAGGCGCUUGACGGCGACGCCUCGGCCGACCAGGUGGUGGCCCUGCAGUCGACAUUGGAGUCGACGGCUGCCGAGCACGCGGCGGCCGUCGCGGCGAUCCAUGACCAGGUCGCGGCCAAAGACGCGGAGCUUGCUGCAUUGGCCGCGGAAAAGGCAUCGCUAUCGACGACCAACUCGGAGCUCUCGGCGACGAUCGAGCAGCUGCAGACCGAGACGAUGACGUUGGCGGCGGCCAACACGACGCUCGAGACGUCGCACGCUGCCCAAAUUGACGAGCUCAAGGCGACGAUGGCCUCGCUCGAGGCGGCGUCGUCGAGUGCGCUGGAAACUGCAGUGGCCGAGCACGCGAUUGCCCUCGCUGCUGCGCAAACCCAAGUGACGACGAUCGAAGCCGCCAAGGACGAGCAGCUCGCCGAGCUGCAAGCGCACAACGAAGCGCUGACGCUGGCGACGGACGAGCAGCAGCAAGUGAUCCAGCGCCUCGAGGCCGACAUUGCUGUCGAGAAGGAGCAAAUGGCGACGCUCUCGAGCGACCACGCGGCCAAGGAGGCGAUCCUAUUGGCCAAGAUCGCCGAGCUCGAGGCGCGUCUCGCGGCCUUUGACGGUAUCGAAGCCGAGCUGGAAGCCAAGCGGUUGGCCGAAGUCGCGCGGUUGGCCAAAGAAGCCAACGACGCUGAAGCGGCGGCCGCCGAUGCGGCGCGGCUGCGGGCGCUCGCCGAGCAGGAAGAGCGUCUGCGCCUCAAGCCCACGAGCACGGUCUCGCGCCUCCUCCGUGUGCAGGUCGAGCGCUGCGAGGACCUUGUCGCGGCCGACACGGUCUUUAUGGGUGGCAAGAGCGAUCCAUAUGUGGUCAUGAAGGUCGGCGACAAGAAAUUCAAAACCACGACGGUCGUCUCGGAGCUCAACCCGGUCUGGACCCACGAGAUCCACGAGUUUACACUUACCGAGGGCAUCAUGUACACGAAGUCGCUUGAGCUCUUUGUGAUGGACCACGACAAGAUUGGCGACGACGAGAUCAUUGGGUCGCUCACGCUGCCGCUGCUGCAGUUUGAGCAGUCGCCGCCAACGGGCAAGGAGACGGUCUUUGAUCUGGAUGUGCCGGUGACGUUUAUGAGCCAAGGCAAGGCGAGCAAGAUUGUCGUCAAGUUCGAGCUGCUUACGGAAGAGAUCGAAAAGUCGUCCAAGGAGCAGCUCAUGUGGGAGAACGAGCGGUAUGCCAACCGCACUUGGGCCAAGGAGAACCUCUUGCCGAAGGAGCGCAAGGCGUGGAGUGUCGGCGCGCGCUCCGGCGACUCGCGCGAGCAAAUGCAGCCCAAGAUCCCGAAAGGCAUGGAAACCAAGCUCGGGUGGAGCCUCGACUUGGACCACGGCGACGAGAACGGGUGGUUUUACGCCAAGUCGUUUGACGGGCCGUGGCUCAACCAGUCGAAUUCGUCGGUUGAAGUGCGCCGGCGCAUGUGGACCCAGCGCUGCACGACGAUCGUCGCGGUCGAAGACAACCAAGUGGACGACGCAGCGACGACGGCGGCGUGAUCCGUCUAGUGUGUCGUAGAGAAUCUAAUUGCAUAGUGUUAUCAUUGAAAGAUGUAAGGCCAACGUGUUUCUGUAUCA